CUGUGGAGCGGGCGGCAGGGCUGCCUGGGAGGGAGGGCGGCGAGAGCAGCACUGCGGACCGGGAGCCCCGGGCCAGCCCAGCCCGCUUUGCCGCGGCGACCUUCCUGCCGACUCUCUGGACCCUGCGGGCGGCGUCACAGAUUUCCACUUGGCAGAUUAACCAAAGGCAAGAGAGGCUAAUCUGUCUACGUUCUGAGUGCCACUCUCCGCAAGACCCCCAUAACAGACCCCAGGCCCAAGUCCACUGUGCUACCAGACCCCCACCCCACCCCAGGCAUUGCUCUGGGGUCUGCCUGAGGCCAGCAGUGUGAAGAUGACCAGCACCUUCCUAGCAUGACGACCUUGGACCAUGUGAUCGCUACCCACCAGUCGGAGUGGGUCUCCUUCAAUGAGGAGCCACCCUUUUCUGUCCCUUCUGAGGGGGGCACUGAAGAGCACCUCCCAGGACCAUCGUCUUCCUCAGACCAGUCCGAGAGCUCUUCCGGGGAGAACCGUGUGGUGGAUGGAGGCUCUCAGGACCUUUCCCCCUCGGAGCACGAUGACUCUUCUGAAAAGAUGGGCCUCAUCUCUGAAGCGGCCUCCCCUCCCCUGAGCCCUGGGCAGCCUCCACCCGACCUGGCUUCAGCCAUCAGCAGCUGGGUUCAGUUUGAAGAUGACACAUCCUGGGCCAGCACAUUACCACCUCAUACAGAAGCAGGUGGGGCAGCCAUAUCAUUGACCAUGCCCUGCUGGACGUGCCCUUCCUUCAACUCCCUGAGGAGGUGCCCUCUGCCCUCCGAGAGCAGCUGGACCACACAUUCUGAAGACACCAGUAGUCCUAGUUUUGGCCCCUCGUACACAGACCUGCAGCUCGUCAGUGCUGAGGAGCAGAGUGGCCUGGCUUCCAGGGCCGACUCGACUGACAAUUCUUCCUCUCUUCAGGAAGAUGAAGAGGUAGAGAUGGAGGCCAUCAACUGGCAGGCCAGCAGUCCAGCUAUGAACGGACACCCCGCCACUCUAGUGACCUCUGCUCGUUUCCCUAGCUGGGUCACUUUUGAUGACAAUGAAGUCAGCAGCCCUUUGCCACCAAUCACCUCUCCUCUGAAGCCGAAAGCACCACCUCUUGCAUCUGUGAUCCCAGAUGCACCUUAUAACUCAACUGGGUCAUUUAAGAAGAGGGAACGUCCCAAGAGCACUUUGAUGAACUUCUCCAAAGUUCAGAAGCUGGACAUCUCCUCCUUAAACCAUCCACCUUCCAUGCCUGAGGCUCCUCUUUGGAGGGCAACCAAUCCUUUUCUGAAUGAGACUCUACAGGAUGUACAACCCUCCCCUAUAAACCCUUUCCGCGCUUUCUUUGAGGAGCGGGAGAGGCGCUCCCAAGACAAUUCCAUGUCUGGUACCACAGGCAAAAGCCAAAGAGAUUCUCUCAUUGUCAUCUACAAGGAUGCCAUCAAUUUUGAUGAUUCAAGCAAAAACCAGUCACACUCUGAUGCUGUUGAAAAACUCAAACGACUCCAAAUUGGGGAUCCCGAUCACUUAGGGAGUACGACCCUCCCUGAUGAUGACCCAAUAGCCUGGAUUGAACUAGAUGACCACCCACCAGGUUCCGCACUGUCCCAGCCCAGGGAUGGGUGGCCCAUGAUGCUUAGGAUCCCUGAGAAGAAAAACAUCAUGUCCUCUAGGCACUGGGGACCCAUCUACAUCAAACUGACAGACAGCGGGUAUCUGCAGCUGUAUUAUGAGAAGGGCUUAGAAAAGCCAUUCCGUGAGUUCAAGCUGGAGAUCUGCCAUGAGAUUUCAGAGCCCCGGCUCCAAAACUAUGAUGAGAACGGCAGGAUCCACAGCUUGCGGAUAGACCGUGUCACCUACAAGGAGAAGAAGAAAUACCAGCCUAAACCUGCUGUGGCCCACGUGGCCGAGAGGGAACAAGUGAUUAAGCUGGGCACCACCAAUUACGAUGACUUCCUGAGCUUCAUCCGUGCAGUUCAGGACCGUCUCAUGGACCUGCCGGUGUUGUCAAUGGACUUGUGCACAGUUGGCUUGAACUACCUUGAAGAGGAGAUUGUAGUGGAUGUCCGAGAUGAAUUCUCUGGCCUUGUGAGCAAAGGAGACAACCAGAUUCUCCAGCACCGUGUCUUGACACGGGUCCACAUCCUGAGUUUCCUCUCUGGCCUUGCCGAGUGCCGCUUGGGUCUCAAUGACGUCCUCGUCAAAGGGAACGAAAUCGUUUCCAGGCAAGACAUCAUGCCCACCACCACCACAAAGUGGAUCAAGCUCCACGAGUGCCAUUUUCACAGGUGUGUGGAUGAGGAUGUAUUCAACAGCUCACGGGUUAUUCUGUUCAACCCUUUGGACGCCUGCCGACUUGAGCUAAUGCGGUUCAGGACAGUAUUUGCCGAGAAGACCUUGCCUUUCACACUCAGGACUGUGGCAAGCAUCAGCGGGGCAGAGGUGGAGGUGCAGAGCUGGCUGAGGAUGUCAUCUGGCUUCUCCUCUAACUGUGAUCCUCUCACUCAGGUUCCCUGUGAGAAUGUGAUGGUUCGCUACCCUGUGCCCAGUGAGUGGGUGAAAAACUUGCGCAGGGAAAGUGUCCUGGGGGAAAAGUCUUUGAAAGCCAAAGUGAACCGGGGGGCAAGUUUUGGCUCAAGUAGCUUGUCUGGCUCUGAGCCUGUCAUGAGAGUAACUCUGGGGACUGCGAAGUAUGAGCAUGCCUUCAACUCCAUUGUGUGGAGGAUAAACCGACUGCCUGACAAAAACGCAGCUUCUGGUCACCCACACUGUUUCUUCUGCCAUCUUGAACUUGGCUCUGACCGGGAAGUGCCUUCCAGAUUUGCCAAUCACGUAAACGUCGAGUUCAGCAUGCCUACAACUUCUGCCUCCAGAGCUGCCGUAAGGUCCAUCUCUGUGGAAGACAAGACGGACGUCAGGAAGUGGGUCAAUUACUCUGCACACUACAGCUACAAGGUGGAAAUUGAGCAAAAAAAGAGUUUGAAGCCAGACUUUGAAGGAGAUGAAAUGGAAAAUCCCAAGGAGUGUGGGGUCCAGUUGCUAUCUCCUUACUUCGAAGAACCAUCCUACAUUAAUGCAGAUCCUUGUUCUCAAGGAGGAACUCGUACACAAUUCUGCAAGCUAAAGGCCCAUCCUAGGGAAGAGGUGCCAACGCCUCGGAACUCGGAAUCUGAGUCUAGCCCGUUCUCGGACAUGACUCCGCAUUUGAAACUUCCCUCAGUCCGAGCGCGCCAGGGGCGGGAAGCUGGGCCACGUGACCGGCCCUCCUCCGCGGCCAUUCCUAGCGGGGCAACAGCCAGCGCCCCUUCCGCAUUUCCUAUCCCCCUCCAGCGCGCGACGGCGCAUAAAUGCCCGACGGGAGCCAAUUUUGCGGUGGCUUGGGUCACCCUCCGGGUGUUCUUUUUUUGUUUGUUUUUGUUUUUAUCUUUUCUCGGGGUUGCCCCCCUCUUGUUUGUGUUGUGUGUGGAAAUGGCGAACUCGGCAAAUACAAACACCGUGCCUAAAUUAUACAGAUCUGUGAUUGAAGAUGUAAUUAAUGAUGUGAGAGACAUCUUUUUGGAUGAUGGAGUCGAUGAACAAGUUCUGAUGGAACUAAAGACUUUAUGGGAGAAUAAACUCAUGCAGUCUAGGGCAGUAGAUGGAUUUCAUUCAGAAGAGCAGCAGCUUUUACUGCAAGUUCAGCAGCAGCAGCAACCCCAACAGCAGCAGCAUCACCACCACCACCACCACCAGGCUCAACCGCAGCCAACAGUACCUCAGCAAGCGCAGACCCAGCAGGUCCUCAUUCCUGCGUCACAGCAAGCUGCAGCACCACAAGUUAUUGUUCCUGAUUCUAAGCUGAUACAACAUAUGAAUGCAUCAAACAUGAGUGCUGCUGCUACAGCUGCUACCUUAGCACUCCCUGCCGGUGUGACUCCUGUUCAACAGAUAUUAACAAAUUCAGGCCAGCUUCUUCAAGUGGUCAGAGCAGCCAAUGGUGCCCAGUAUAUCUUUCAGCCUCAGCAGUCAGUAGUUCUACAACAGCAGGUUAUACCACAAAUGCAGCCUGGUGGAGUACAAGCUCCUGUUAUACAACAGGUACUGGCCCCUCUUCCUGGAGGGAUUUCACCACAAACAGGUGUUAUCAUCCAGCCCCAGCAAAUCUUAUUUACAGGAAAUAAGACUCAGGUUAUACCUACAACGGUGGCAGCACCUACACCAGCACAAGCACAGCUAACCGCAGCUGGCCAACAGCAGCCACAGGCCCAGCCUGCUCAACAGCAAGCCCCGCUGGUGUUGCAGGUUGAUGGGACUGGGGAUACGUCAUCUGAAGAAGAUGAAGAUGAAGAAGAAGACUAUGAUGAUGAGGAGGAAGAAGACAAAGAGAAAGAUGGAGCUGAAGAUGGGCAGGUAGAAGAGGAACCGCUCAAUAGUGAAGAUGAUGUGAGUGAUGAGGAAGGACAGGAACUCUUUGAUACAGAAAAUGUUGUUGUAUGCCAAUAUGAUAAGAUUCACAGAAGUAAAAACAAAUGGAAAUUUCAUCUCAAGGAUGGCAUUAUGAAUCUUAAUGGAAGAGAUUAUAUAUUUUCCAAAGCCAUUGGAGAUGCGGAAUGGUGAAGAGUUGGUUCUUUUCUUUUACAAAUAAAACAAAAGAAACUUAAAAAAAAAUUUAAAGUGGACAGUUUGAAACUUGGGACAUAUACCAACCAAAACUUAACUUCUGCAUGUCAGAGAAGUGCAGUAGAAGCAGAGCUACUGGAACAAAGAGACCUUGACAACACAGACACUACUUCUAACUGGCAAGCCAUGGAACUGUAGCACCUGGGGUUGUUGGGGUGGCGAGGGUUGGGAUUUUGUGUAAGAAAACCGUAAUUGUCGAUUUUAAAUACAGGUACCUGCCACUGGUAAUUAGCAUGUAAAGCUUGGUUUAUAUUCCUUCCUCCAACUUGAGUUCAGUCAGAAGAUACUUGUUGGAAUGGACUGAAGAAACUUCCCUUUUGAUAGAUUGAACCGAAACUGCUUAUUGUACAUGGUUAUAUUUGGUAAAAAUUGCGUGUGAGCUUUUUACAAAAGGGUAAGAAUAUGUGUUGAAGUUUAAUUCACUUGUAUAAGGAAACAAUUUAGAACUCUCAUAAUAGAUCUUAAAUAUUUUUACUUGCUGUCCUCCUUCAGUAAUAUAUACCUCUUCCUUCCCUGGUUUAUGAAACAUCUAUUUAAGAGUUAAAGGAAGUAAACAGUGAUCACAGUUUGGAGACAAAAUUUACCCAGGAAUGGGUAUUUAUUUUAAUUAGGUUUUGAGACUCAUUAAAUGUAGUUUAAAGACUUGGGUCUCAUCUGAGUUGAGCAGAAUUAAAAUAACUUCAAUUUCCUAACAGAAAAAUUGUAUUUGUUUCUUUUAGCCCCCCCCCCUCCCCCACCUUAAAAAGAAACCCCAAGUGGCUCCUCAGGAAUACAGUGUUAUUGCACAAAGGUACCAUCUAGCUGAAAUUAUAUACAUAUGAAUAGAUAGAUUUUUUUUCCUGUUGGGCUGAAGAGUGUAUGCUUAUAUAUGUGUUUAGUCUUUAAGCUAAACAAACAUUUAGAUAACAUUCUGUGCAUUGAUUGAAGCAUUGGGCAGGUGGUGAGGACCUGGAUUUUUAUUAAACAAUUUAGUAAUUAUAAAAGUUUUUUUGUGUUUACUAGUAAAGAAUUUUAAAAUGAUUCUAACUGAACACACUUUUAAAAUGCAACUUUGUAAUUUGAGGGAGAAAUUUUGGGGUUAGAGGAGGGUGGGCCACUAAAUACAUAUUUACCUCUCUUUCAUUUGGUGGCCCUUCCAGGCCAUUGAUAAUAUAGACAUGGGCUCCAGUUUGCACAUCGGGAAGAAAGCAUAGAAAUUUGACUUGUAUAUUAAAAAUAAUUGAAAUGUAAUAUGUAUAUUAAGAAUGCAUAGCUCUGUAUUCUCUAAGGGGCUAUAAAGAACAAUGUGGCAGUGCUAUGUUCAGUGUGAACGAGUUGCUUGGGAGAACUGUAGGAACUUGUGUCUUCACCUUUGUUCUUACACCUAAUUCUUUUCAUGGUUUAUUUUGACAAAAUUCACAUGUGUUUAACUUACUUGUAUAUUGAAUUUUUUUUUUUAAGUCUUCCAUUUUUGUCUUCCUUUUAUUUGCCUUUGUGUUUCCAGAAGUAACAUAGAAACACUUUAAAGUACAUUGCAAAGAAAAACUGUGAGGUAUUAUAUAUUGUUUUUCCUUUCUUAACACAAAUCUUUAAACUUUCUUGAAAAGGCUAAUCUUUUUUCUUUUUUUUUUUUUUUUUUUUUUGCCUGCUUCCCACCCCACAUACCACCUUGGUCCCUUUAACUUAUGUUCUGAACUUUGGUAUAAAUGUGGUUUCUAGCAUGCUAGUAGUUAGGUUUUAUUUAGAUGCCGUAACUGGUGAUACGGUUUUAAUUUUUACUAUAUUAAUUUAGUUUUCUGGAGGUUUAUUUGUUUACCCCACUACGCUCCAAGCACACACAGGUUUUUUUUUUUUUUUAUUAAUGAGACUGGGAGGAGAGAAGGGAGAGGGGGUAAAAUCACAGAAGUCCUGUUGUUUGUUUGCCCUUGAGUAUAGUUGCUAGUAGGUUUAUAUUUACCCAGUGAAGAAGUCAAUGACCUGAACUACCUAUAAAAGUUUAGCAUUGCUGCAGUGUUGAUUAAAACCCUUUCGCUAUCUAGUAGUUCUUAUGCUACUGAACCUUGGAUUACUGUAUGAUAUUCAGCUUAUAUUUUGGGCUCUCUAUGUAGACGAAAACAUUCGUAUUCAUAAUAGAAUUGUAUACUGGCCUGUUUUUAUAACAUACUCAAACAUGAACAACCACUGCUUUCAGAGUGACUCAUUAGGGUUAUUUUGAAGCAGGAAAUAGCCAUUUAUAUUUGCACCUGUGUAUAUUGCAUAUUAAUUAUGACAUACUUGGCAAGUGCUUUUCUUUUACCUGUGAAUAUUCUGAAAGCUGGUCCAAACAACACUGCAUACCAAAUUGUGCUCUUAUAUAUUACUGCAUCGUGUUCCUUUUUAAUCAAAUAGCAUGUUCUAGUUUUAUUAUAGUGGCUUGCUAUAAGAAUGCCACUUGCUUAUCUUUUAUUGUACUUGAAUUCUUAAUCAUGCUUUUAACAUUUUAUUUAACAGAUCGUUUCAUUAGGUUCUGUCAUUCCUUUGAAAAGGCAAGGAUUCCCACUUUCAGAAUUUUGAAAUGAAAAUAACAUGUUUAUUCAAAGAGGGAAAAUAGUUCAGACUUAGUAUUAUGAAAUAAGUAAAGGUUUCAGAAAAGGAUUUGUUUAGAUUUGCACAGAUGGUGAUGGCACCUUUUAUUAAAAAACAAUCAACAGUGCUAAGGAAAAUUUACGCAAAAGUACUAGAUAAAGUGUGGAAAUGCGUGCCUUUCAGUGUGUGUACUGUUUUUUGGUGGUCGUUUGGAUAAUCAGACCAUUUGAAUGGCUGAGAGCACAUUUAAAUUCUGUGAGCGCCACAUUUGGCUAAAACAACUCUUUAAUGUGCAAUUAGUUUCUAGAGUAAAAUGUCUGUUAUAUGAGGGGGAUCUUUAUAUUGGGCUUUUAUAUUUUUUUAAAUGUUCACAUUUCUUUCUAUUAAAUGCCAUCAUAAUACCACGUUUAUAUUGUUGCCUCUCUUAAAAUCAAAGCCAUCUUGAUGUUAUUCUUUUAGGGAUACAUCAAGAUUUGAGCAGUGUGUAUAGUGAUUAAAAUGUGUUCUUGAAGAGCAUACUCUAAUAGACUGGCUUAGACAGCAAGAACAUAAAAAUAUAAUAGCUUUUGUAUAAAGAUUUUCUUUUGCUAUAUGAAAAUCAAGGAUUUGGUUUUCUUUUUUUCUGGCUUUUAUGGAGGAAUGAAAAGGGUUAUCUCCUUCUAAGAGUAAUUUUUGAUUAUCUUAUAGCAAUAACGUCACCAUUCUUUUCAGAAGAUAAAUACAUCUUGUAUAGGAAAUCAGACAUAAUUUUCUUGGGAGUCCCCUUUAUAACUUAGCUUUUUCUUCCACUUGAGAAAAUUCCUAUAUUUUCAGAUUAUUUCAUCUUGAACUUUUUUGAGCUUUCGUGCAAUGUAAUAUUUUAUUGAUCCAUCUUUGUACAUUUUCAUUUUAUUUCAUAUGUCUAUUUCCCACCUAUCUGUCUGAAUCAGCUAUUUCAGAUUUUGAAUUCAUUGGUUAAAAAAUAGUUGCUUUAUAAAUCUCCUCAUGGGUUUAUGUUAAAUAGUUUUGCAUUUUAAUCUAUUAUGCUAUGGAAAUUAUUCUGAAGUUUGUAUUCCCUUUUUAAGCCUGCCUUAGUCUAUUUUUUGUCAUUUUUUUAUGGUUUAAGGAAGAACACACCAAACUUGAUAUUUUUGUUUAUUUUGAGGAACAAGAUAAACUUGUUUUUUCUUCUCUCUUAAGGGAAGAACUACAUUGAGUUAGUAGCUACUAUUUCAAGUCAAGUUUCCUUAAAUCAUCCAGUAUGUAUCAGGGCUACAAUUUGGGGGAGGGGCUAAUCCUUUUUGCUGUUCUGAGCUACUAUUGUCAACUGCUGUUGUACAUACUGUUAUGUGUAAGGGCGUAAAUAUAUUUAUUAUGUUUGUAAAAUUCAUUCUGUACAAUUGCAGAUCAAGGUUGCUCUUCUGUGAUAUAUGGGAUAUUAUGUUUUAAAGACCAUCUUGGAAUACAAUUAGAGAACUUAGUAUUUUGAUGUACUAAGACCUAUUUUAAGUUUAAUAUUUUACCUUUGCAAAAACUUUAAUUAAAGAUGUUAUUUAAAAAAAGUAA